AACCUAUUUGUUUUAUUCAAAAACAUAUUUUUUAAUUUUAGAAAACCUCUUUAUUGCAAUACCAACUAGGUACUGACACGUUUUGGGAUAAAACAAAUAAUAUCAACACGCGACUUCAACGCGUGUUGAGAGCGUUCGCUUCCUGUGUUGACCGGAAGUAAAAUCGUCGGCUCGCCAGCUGUCAUGGCGGAGAAGAAGAAUGUUUGGGGGAAGCCUUUGCUGUUUUUGUUAAUUUCUCUGAGUUUCCUGCAUUUAUUAAUUUGCCCCUUCACGAAAGUCGAAGAAAGCUUUAAUUUACAGGCGACGCACGACAUUCUGUACCACAGACUUGAUUUUAACAAGUAUGACCAUCAUGAAUUCCCUGGAGUUGUGCCGCGUACUUUUCUCGGACCCCUGUUCCUCUCCACGCUCUGCUCCCCGCUUGUUUCUUUAUCAUCUCUGCUGGAGGCACCUAAGUUCUACACUCAGUAUAUAGUCCGGGCUUCACUGGGCUUUUGCGUGAUCGGCGCUCUGUGGCAUAUGCAGAAAGAAGUGCGGAGGCAGUUUGGCUCCACAGUUGCGUGUCUUUUCUGCCUGACCUGUGCCUCCCAGUUCCACCUCAUGUUCUACAGCACCAGGACACUCCCCAAUGUCUUUGCACUGCCAAUAGUUCUUGUAGCGUUCACAUCUUGGAUGGCUCAGAAACACGGCUGGUUCAUCAGACUCUCCGCUUUGGUCAUCAUCGUGAUCCGGUCUGAGCUCUGCAUCUUGCUGGGCCUCAUGCUGCUGAUGGCGCUGCUGCGCAGGAGGCUGGGGCUGCUGCAGCUGAUUUACUAUGCUGCUCCUGCUGGACUCUUCUCCCUAGCUCUGACGGUGGCUGUCGACACCUUCUUUUGGAGGAAACUUUUGUGGCCUGAGGGGCAGGUGCUGUGGUACAACACCAUUCUUAAUAAAAGCUCCAACUGGGGAACCUCGCCCUUUUUGUGGUAUUUUUACUCCGCCGUGCCUCGGGUCCUGGGCUGCUCGCUGCUCUUCGUGCCUCUCGGCCUCCUGGACAGGCGGGUUAGGCUGCUGCUGCUCCCCACAGUUGGCUUCAUCCUCGUCUAUUCGCUGCUGCCUCAUAAGGAGAUGCGUUUCAUUAUUUACACUUUCCCUGUGCUCAAUUUGGCCGCUGCACGCGGCUGUUCCUUCAUAUUGUGCAACUAUCAGAAAUCCUGGAUGUACAAACUGGGCUCUGCAGUUGUGGUUGGCCAGCUGUUGAUCAACUCAUCAUACACUUUCCUUUGCCUGUAUGUUUCCCAUCACAACUACCCGGGCGGCAAGGGAAUCCAGGAACUACACAGGCUGUUGCCAGCCACAGCAGAUAUCUUUGUUCACAUUGACACCUUUGCUGCUGAAACAGGAGUGUCACGCUUCUUAGAGCAAAACAAAAACUGGAGAUACGACAAAAGAGAAGACAUAAGCAGCACAAGCCCCGAGCUCCAGGUUUACUCACACCUGUUAAUGGAGGCAAACAUCACCAAGAUACAGCAGCUGCACAACACUCAUAAGCCUCUGGUCUACGUCGAAGGUUUCAACAAUAUCGCCUUUAGCACGGCUCACUUCCCACCUGUCAGAGUUCACCUAGCGAGGAAAGCUGUGCUGAUGCAGAGCAAGACUUGGGAGGGCACACCAAGAGAAACAUGAGCUGAAAUAUAAUUUAGAACUAUAAGGUGACCAAAGACGAUUAAAAAUCAUGCUGCUAGGUUGAUAAAAAAAAAAUGUCUUGGUGUCACAUACCAGCACAGAUCGUCUAUAAUCUUCUGCCCCAGCAAACGCAUCCAGCUGUUGUUUACACCAGAGAAUCAUUUAUAUAUUUUGACUUGUAAAUGAAUAAAGCCAAACAGAGAAAAUAAAAGCAUGUUGUUAUCCUUAGAGAGUUCAGGACAUUUUGGAGAGGGGUGGUAUAAACCCAGAGUGGUCGGUGCUGGAGAUUAAAGCUAACGGCUUUAAUUGGUUUGAGGCCAAACCAAAUGUUUGUAGCCUUAAAUAACAUCCUAAAAAUGUAAUUUGCUUUGUGUAAUUGCUAAAAUUGAUAACUCUGCAUUGGAUAAUUGUUUUCACAGGAAUUGCAGGUGGUGCAACAGCAAUAAUCUUCCUGUUUGAAACACUAAAUGGGACCAAAAUAUCUAAGAUUAACCACAUUAUAAAGCAGUGGGUGACCUUGUUUCUUAAUGGCUCACAUAAGCAACCAGAGAGCCGAACGCAGCACAGUCUUUGUCAGUAACGUAACAGGAACUAAACGUUAUCAAGAUUAACAAAUUUUCCUUCUACAAAAAUGUCAAUUGAGCAAUAUCCUAUUUUUGUGAAUUUGUAACCUUAUUUGAAGUUUAAGUAGAAUGAGCUGACAUUUCUUAAGAGUUCAUCUCUAAAUGGAAAUAUUUCUGAAGGUGCUGAUGUAGCUCUGGAAAUCAGGAAUAAAUAAAUAAGUAAAUAAAAAUGCUGCCUUUAAAAUUAGAUUUUUUUUUUUUUUUAAACGGUUACAUUCUUGAAAAUGUCCUGGAAAAAAGCUAACAAAUUUAAGGUAGCAUUUCCUUAAACUCAUUUCACCCUUUUAUACCAGUUAUUGUGAGCUGAAACAUGUUAGAUGCUCAAUGCCAAACUAAACUGGACCUAUGCUAAAUGAAGGCAAGCGUCACCUACUGCAGGUAAAAAGAUACCUGAAAAACUAAAUAAAUAAAAACUCCCUCUAUAAAUCCUGAACUAACCCUUUAAAUCAUUCAAAACUUCACACCAAAGCUAGAAUUAACAAAAAAAGAGAGAAUACUGUUCAAGAAAAACCUUUAUUUACAAAUGACCACAAAAUUUGCAUGUUUCCAGUCUGAAUGCUAAAACGUUUAUCAAAUUAGGUUCAGAGUCAUUUAAUAUAAAAAUGUACAGUACACUGUUAAUCAAUAAUAAACCCAUAAUUUAAUCCCCUGGACAUAAACUUAAAUUGUGCUUAAGAGACAACUGGUGUAUUCCAAAAAACCCACCUUAUUCUGAAAAUACAGCCACAUUAUACAUCAUCUUAUUAAAAACAUUUCAGUGAGUUAAAAAAACAAACAAAAAAAAUAUUUCUAAGUGACAGUACCGUAAGCCUCAAAUUUACAAAGAAAAAUUAAAUAGCAUUAACUUAAAACAUCUUUCAGUCACAGCAUUUGUUUUUGGGCCAAGUUGUCAUUCUGAAAA